CUCGUGUCAGCCUUUCACCCACUACCACCCGCCACAUUCUUGACGCGUUGCCAGCGUUUAUAACCAAGGCCAUUCGAACGGUGUCUCUUUCAUCUCCCGUUGUUUUCUCUUGUUCUCUUCCUCCCCGUCCGCGUCAAUAGCCAUGUCGACUCCAAGAGAUAAUCGCCUGAAGUGUCGCUUCUGUAGCGAACGCUACAACCGUAUCGAGGACCGCGACCUCCAUGAAGCAGUUCAUCAUGGCAACGGGCGCGAAGCGAACCAAUCCACAGAACAUGCCGCCAACACUCAUGUCGCACAGGGCUAUUUUAUAAACCAGUAUGGCGAGAUGUCCGACGACCUGCCAUCGUUUGGUAAAUCUGCCGUCCCCUCCUCCGAAGCGAGGGGUAAUAUUAUAGUGCCUCAAACUUUGGAAGAGCAGGUCGAACUGAUGUUUCGGUCUCCUAAGUUCCCCGAUCCCAAACAGCUCGAGUUUGCCUUGGGCGUGGGCCAUCGGUUGGAGUACAACAAACCCAACGAGGUCUGGACGUAUGUUCCGGGACCAAGACCGAAACCGAGUCCUAUGCCGGAUUUUCACUUUGACUUCAAUGACCUCGAAAAGUCUUGGGGCAUGCCCGAUUCCCAGGAGCCUUCAUCGAGUGGGAAGGGCAAAGCUGGUGCAUCGACUUCGUCAUCUAAGGCUUGAGGGAUUCGAUUGUCGCCUUCCAUUGCUUCGCUUGAUACCGGAGACUCGCAGUCAUCGACGUCUUUCUUCUUUGCCCUUGAACCGAAGGAUUUUGCAAUGGAAGGGAUUUUUCACUACCUAAAUGAUCUCUUUUCUAUUAUUGUAAUGACAUAUAUCAUGAUUUUGAUAACGGAUUCUCAC